UCAUUGCCCUUCUGGUUGGCAUGGAGCCCGUCACCAAGUUUCCUAUUAGAAGGAAGGCUGAUGAUGAAAGAUGGGCCCCAGGUAGCAGGCUGUGUUGAAAAGUGGGCUCCAUGUCUGAAAAGGCAGAAGAUUAGACUACCAGAGCAGCAGACAACACCAUUUUAUGAACUAACAUCGACACAAGAGACACUCAGUCACUAACUGCAAAUUACGUUCUAACAUGUUUUAUCCAUCCUUACUGAGAUGAGCCACACAUUCAGCAAAAUUAUAGGAUAAGGUCCCUCCUUGACUGUACCACUUCAGACUGGUGUAGGGUGUGGUGGGGGAGAAGAAGAACAUCUUUAAUAGUCCUGCUAGAAAACUAGCACAUCAGGAAGAAAGGCCCUACUAUAUCAUCCUGAUGCGCAAAUUCUUUAUGUGUAGGAUGGUUUUUAAAUUUAAAUUAAGAAUAAAAACAUUACAGACUCAUAAUUACAUGGAUCAUAAUGAUGUUUAUGCCUGCAAAUUCUUUUGUACUGUAUGAUUCUAGAACAUUAACAUUGACUAUUUUUGAAUCAACAUAAACAUAUUGGCCAAUUCUCUCCCUGAUCUAACCCAAACAAUAUGUAUCAAUUUGUUCACAUAAAAUAUAUCCCAAACUCUGAACAGCCAUACAUUGUGAAUCUGAUUCCCCACCCCCCAUUCGGAGUUGCCAUUUUGGUUGCUGUUAAAUAACAGAAUAAUUAUUUCUAAACCAUUAGAGGUAACAAGAUCUUUUAGGCAUAUAUAGGGAUUCGGGAACCAAAUGCGAAUCUGGUGAUAUCCUAGGGAAUGAGGCCGCACCCCUUCCACAGUGCCACCAUCAUAAUCUGAAUGCACUCCCACCCAGCUGCUAUUUAUACAGUUGCCAUCCAAAGGACUGAGAUUCCUAGCAGGAUUGUCUUACUACACAGCAACAAUAGCACUGGAACCAGGACGACUGUGUGUCUGAGAAUGUGAGACAACCCAAAGGAAUUAACAGAUGUGUGGACCAUGAAUGAGGGAUACAGCCCCUCUUUGAUGAAAGAGAAGGUGUCCAGUCAAGAAUGGCACACUGGCUCCAAACUCCGGGGAAUCUCCUGCGGUGUCCGGUGUUGGUCUCACAAUGAGCAGCAGGAUGAGGAACGCUCUCUUAGAGUUGUGACUGGAGAUCAUUCCCAGCAACAUGGGAGUUCUAGUAAUAUAUAUAGGGGAUGCAAUGAGGGCAGCUGUGGUGCUGAGAGUGAGCAGUGUGAUGAUGGUUCAGAAGAUGGUGGGGAUAUGAGAUUCCAACCUGGGUUAGAAAAUGGAGGUGGGCAAGAUGUCCCCAACAGGUGUGGGGAUGGUUUGGACUUUGAUGAAGAACAGAGAUCCCACUCAGAAUCAGAUGUUAAUGAGAUCAAGCAAAUAAUCAAACUGCACUCCAACAUAGAGCAUAAACGAAUGUGUGGUAGCAGCUGGAAUGACUCUUCUGAUGUAGAUGCCAACAGGGGCUUAGGUGGGAAGAAUAACCAGCAUUUUCAUUUAGAUGACAAUGAGGAUCAAGAGUUGUCUUCAGACUUGGAUGGCGAUGAAAUCAACCAAGACUUGGAUGGAAACUCUAGUCACACUUUCCACCUAGAAGUGGAAGAAGACCCAAGUGUCCUGUCAGAAAUGGAGGCAGAAGCUGAUGUGGAUUCCAGUGAGGAGGCUGAUGCAGAAAUGGAUGACAUUAAUGAGGACUUUGAUUCAGAUGGAGAUGACUGUGGCCUCCAGCUGGAUUGCAGACGUGGUGGCCAAGAUGUGGUUGGGAGGACUGGUCAGCUGGAUGUCAACAGUGGCUCUUCUCUUGUGGGCACCUCAUCCAUUUUUCCUUCUGUGCCUGACAAACCCUACAGAUGUCCUGAAUGUGGAAAAUGCUUUGGCACAAGCUCUAUCCUGGGUCAACACCGCCGCAUACACAGUGGUGAGAAGCCCUACAAAUGUGGCGUCUGUGGCAAAUGCUUCACACGAGGUUCCACCUUCCUCCAGCACCAGCGGACACAUACAGGUGAGAAACCGUAUAAAUGCCCUGACUGCGGCAGAUGCUUUGGUCGGAGUUCCAAUCUCAUUCAGCAUCAGCGAGUACACACAGGUGAGAAGCCCUACAAAUGUGGUAUCUGUGAAAAGUCUUUCUCUCUGAGCUCUACUCUCAUCCAACACCAGAUUAUCCACACUGGUGAAAAACCUUACAAGUGUCCCGAUUGUGGCAAAUGCUUCAAUCGCAACUCCAACUUGCUAAAUCACCGGCGAGUGCACACAGGGGAGCGUCCCUUUGCCUGCCGUAUUUGUGGCAAGCGGUUUUCUGAAAGCUCCUCCCUUACCCAGCACCAGCGGACACACACUGGGGAGCGUCCUUUUCGAUGCAAUGACUGUGGCAAAUCAUUCUCUCUCAGCUCAACACUGAUCCAGCACCAUGUUACACACACAGGAGAGAAGCCUUAUGAGUGCCUGGAUUGUGGCAAGGCCUUUGGGCUUAGCUCCACCCUUUUGCGCCACCAGCGGGUCCACACUGGGGAGAAACCAUUUGAGUGUCAGGACUGUGGUAAAACCUUUGGUGUUAGUUCACACUUCUUGCAACACCGAAGAGUCCACACAGGCGAGCGUCCUUUUCAGUGUCCAGAUUGUGGGCGUGCAUUUAGCCAGCGGGCACACUUGGUGCUACACCAAAAGGUGCAUCGAAACGGGAUAGCCACUCCACCGCAGCACCAAACCCUUUAUAUUUGCAGCAACUGUGGUAAGAGCUUCCAACAGAGUUCACAUCUGGCACAACACCAGAGGGUUCACACUGGUGAGAGGCCAUACCGGUGUGAGGAUUGUGGGCAUAGCUUCUCCCAGAGUUCCAAGUUGCUAGAACAUCAGCGGGUCCACACUGGCGAAAGGCCAUAUGCCUGCAAGGACUGUGGACGCCGCUUUGGGCACAGCUCAGCACUUUCGCAACACAGGCGCAUCCACACAGGAGAGAGGCCAUACAAGUGCACUGACUGCGGCAAGUCCUUCACCCAGAGCUCCCACCUGGUGCAGCACCGGCGGACGCACACGGGCGAGAAGCCCUACGUCUGCGGCGACUGCGGCAAGGCCUUCUCGUGGAGCUCCAACCUGGCCCAGCACCAGCGCACCCACACGGGCGAGAAGCCCUAUGUCUGCCGCGAGUGCGGCAAGGCCUUCUCCCAGAGCACCAACCUCAUCAAGCACCAGCGCAGCCACACGGGGGAGAAGCCCUACCGCUGCCCCGAGUGCCCCAAGAGCUUCUACCGCUCCUCGGACCUCAUCCAGCACCAGAUCACGCACACCGGCGAGCGGCCCUUCAAGUGCGAGGAGUGCGGCAAGGGCUUCACCCAGAGCGCCAACCUGGUCAAGCACCGGAAGAUCCACGCCGGCGAGAAGCCCUUCCGUUGCAAUGACUGUGGCAAGACCUUCAUCCAGAGUUCGGAGCUCAUCCAGCACCAGCGCACCCACUCGGGCGAGAAGCCCUACCAGUGCCAGGAGUGCGGCAAGCGCUUCGGCCACGGCGCCACCCUGGUCAAGCACCAGCGCCUCCACAUGGGGGUGGAGCCCUACCGCUGUGCUGACUGUGGCAAGACCUUCGGGCUCAGCUCGGCGCUGGAGCGCCACCGGAGGUGCCACAGCGAGAGCCGCCCUUAUGCCUGCGGCGAGUGUGGCCAAAGCUUCUCCCUGGCCUCCAACCUCACCCUGCACUCCCGCAUCCACCGGGGCGAGAAACCCUAUCAUUGCGCCGACUGUGGGAAAUGCUUCGGCAUGAGCUCCACCCUCAUCCGCCACCAGCGCAUCCACACCGGCGAGAAGCCCUACGCGUGCCCCGACUGUGGCAAGGCCUUUGUCCGCAGCUCCCACCUCACCCAGCACCGCCGGACGCACACGGGUGAGCGGCCCUACCACUGCGAGGAGUGUGGCCGGCGCUUCUCUCAGAGCUCCAACCUCAUUACCCACCAGCGCAUCCACAUGGAGGAGCGCCCCCACGUCUGUCACGGCUGUGGGCAGCGCUUCGCCCUGGAGGAAGAGCUGCAGCGCCACCAGCAGGAGGAGAAUGGGAAAUGUGGGGCCAAAGAAGGGGCCAGAGAGCCAGAGGGUGACUGCUCAUCCCAGGUGAGCAAUGUGCGUGGGGAGAGCCAUGAGGAUGGCCAUGCGCCAGCAGUGCAUCAGGAGAGCGGUGCCACAUGCGCCACCUGUGAGCUGGCCUGCAAGGAUGCCACUGAGCUGGCUCAGCAUCAGAAGACGCAUGCUGCCCAUCUCUGUAACAUAUGUGGCCAGAGCUUCCAAGACGGAGCGACGUUAGCGCGACACCGGGAAAGCCACACCUCUUUUAUUUGCACGGAAUGUGGGAGGAGUUUUGGGGAUGCUGGCGCUUUGGCUUGCCACCAGGAGAAUCACGAAUCUUGGAUAUGUGGUGUUUGCGGGCAGAACUGUGAGGACAGCCUGGCCUUGUCGCAGCAUGAGGAAACCCACUCGUUGCACAUCUGUGGGGCAUGUGGGGAGAGCUUUGUGGACAGCAAGGUUCUUGAGCAGCACAAGGAGCGCGGUAGGUGCAAGGAGAACUCAGCACUCAUGUUUGCCCAGGAAUCUCCCAAGACUUUGGAGUGUCCUGAUUGCAGGGAGAGCUUUGGAGAUGGGGGUGCCCUUGUGGAACAUCGGGAAAUGCACGCAAAUUUGAUCUGCCUAGAAUGUGGGGAAAACUGCAAGGGUAGUUUGGAGAUGGAGGGUCACCGGAAAAGCCACGGGAAACCUCAUGCGUGCUCCGAGUGCAGGCAGGCCUUUGCUGACAGCUCAGCCGUUGUCCAUCACCAGAUCACCCACAUGCAGGAGGAACUGUAUAAGUGCUCAAAAUGUGAGGAGAGCUUCAGCAGCCUCUCAGCCCUGACUCGGCACCAGGGAGGAUGCACCUGUGGGAAGCUAUUCCAGUGUGUGGAGUGUGGGCAGGUUUUUGUGGAUGCCACGGCCCUCGCGCUCCACCGGAAGAGCCACAUGAGCAACAAAGCCCCUGAAUGUCUUGCAGCUGGAGAAUCUUUCAGUACUGCCUCGGAUGUUACCAUACAUCAGAGGACCCGUAUGGAGGAAUCCCAUGAGAUAGGUGUUGCUGUGCAUCAGGAAACCUGCCUCAGAGAAAAGCCCUCCAGUGAAAACUCCCUUUCUAGCUCACAUCCGAGUAUCCUACAGGACGAGCAGCCACUGAAGGUCCACUUGAGUCUUAAUGCACACCAGAGCACCGACUCAGAAGACAACGUUGUUGAUAGUACAUGUCAGAGAAUACUCGUGGAAGAUAAAUUGUCCUCAUCUGGGCCUUGCCUCCAGGACAGCUCAGCUCUUCCCUCGCACCUGAAAACACACCUUGAAGCAGAGCCUUGCCUAGUUCCCCAGGGCAACUGUUCACCUAAAGAAAGCUCCACAGUUGCUCUGCCCCAGAAAAGAACUGACAGGCCUGCUCCAGUGUCCACUGAAAUGGCUGCCCUCAUCCGGCACCCAAGCACCAAGCCUUACAAGUGCCAUGACUGUGAACAAAGCUUUGUGGACGCCACUGGCUUGUCCCACCACCAGAUCAGCCACAUGAAGGAAAAGUUGCUGAAAUGCCCUGAAUGUGGGGCUGGCUUUCCGGACAGGCUGGCUCUGAUCCGGCAUCAGGUGGAACACACGACAGAAAAGUCCAGGAGUGUGCGGCAUCAGGCCAGGAACCACCACGGCAAGGAGAGAGGCCACGGGAGUCCUCUGGAGUUUGGGGAGAGUUUCACCGAGAUCUCGGCCAUCCUUUUGCAGAGGAGAAGCCCUGUCUCUGAAAGAGGCACACCCCAGCGGCCGAAGGACUGUGGGACUGAUGGAAAGCGAAGCUCAGGCGAUGUUCUAGAAGCAACGGAGCCUUACUUUCAUCUUGACUUGGGGAAAAACUCAAGUGCCAGCACUGUGUUGGCACCACACCAUAUCCAGCAGGAGAGAGGCAGAUACUUUGCGCAUCCCGAGUCUGGGAAGAUCUCUAGGAACAGCUCAAUACUCCUGCAGCACCUCCAGAAUCACACGGCAGAGAAACCAUGAUUCCCUGGAGGUUAUGGGGCAUGAGAAUUCCAGAGUGGUGAUGGGUGUGAACCAUACCUUCUUCUGCCAUUCCUCCCCUGAUGCUCAGGACAUGCUAAGUUGGGGAGCAGGUGGGCAUAAUUGGGGGCAUCAGGUGGGUCAAGGGUUGGGGAACAUGUCCUAGUUGGAGAAAAUAUAUUACAGACAUGAUUAUUAGGGUGGGGAUGGUUCAUGAACAGAAGUGAAAAUAGGUGCUGCAUUCACACGUAACGUGGAACCGUGGGUCUAAUGGACGCAUGGCUCUGUUCCCCACUCCUGCUCUCCUGUCUGAAUUCAGAUGUAAGGGGGAGCACUCUCUCUGCAGUCAGCAAGACUGCAGAGAGGAGGAGGAACUGGCUGUGCGGGUUUCCUUCUUGCAGGAAGAUAGCCCUCACAGCUAAUCCCAGCCAGAGCUGAGGGAGAAACUUCUUCCCUCAACUCUGGUUGAAGGGGAUGCAGCCUGUGGUUUCAAAUUUGGAUGCAAUGCACCUUGGGUUGUGGCGACAAAACUCACUACAACCUGAGGAUUCAGACUGGAGUCUGAAAAAUAGAAAUUUGGAUUGGUUGCUGCAUGGAACCAGAGUUGCACGCAUUCGCACAUAACACUAGGACAACCUCUGGCUCCUUCAACUCUGGUUCCAUGUUGCAUGCGAAUGCAGUCAGGAUGUUUGACGUUCUAGCAGACAAUGCAGAAUGAGAAACCCUUACAUGUUUUGUUACCAGCAAAUCACAGGGUGAGUCCACCUGUCCGGAUAUCCUCCCUCUUCUUUUUAAAAACUCAUUUUCCUGGUUUUCUCCCCCAUCCAUGCAAAAAACCUUCCCAAGAGAUCUGUAUGAACUCAGAUCUCUUAUUGUGUGGAAUGAACAGAAGCUGACGCAGGUGGCCUUGUACUCAAUGCAGGGCACACUAGGAAAGAUUGCUGAGGGCAGGGGGUGUGGAUGUGAGAGGACAGACAAGAAAGCGGGGAGGUCUUCCAUGUUCUGUGUCUUCCCCCUCGGCUCAUUGGAGAUUUCAGUAUUCGCUGGAAUAGCGAUCUCAUUUUGUACAGAUUUGUGGAAAAGUUGGGAUGGGAGAUGUUUCUUUUGCAUUCUACCCCACAAAAUGGCUGCCUUCUGUACUUCCUGUCACAUGACCUCUGCUGCUGACAUGUGACAUCUUAGGUUACCCCCUUUCCCCACAUUGCUAAGACUUCAAAAGUGGAUUAAGUACUAUUGAACUUGAUUUAUAUUUUCUUUCCCAUGGCAUGGUUUGGUUGAUACCAAUGGAUGAUAUCAGUAAACCAGGCUACUCUGGUGCCACAUAUCUCCCAAUUUCUACUUAUUUGUCUCGUAUUACACCGUGAAGUAAAGCCUAAAGGUAACAAAAAAUCUAGAAAGUGAAGUUGGAAGGGAUCCCCUAUGGAUUAUUUUGUCCAGGAUUGGGAAGCAUUUGGCCUCUGUGUUGCUCAUGUGCACAUGUUAGGAUUCUGAGAAUUCCAGUUCUUGUUUUUUAUAAAAAGCAUAGCAUUAGUCCUCAUGAAUAAGAAGUUGGUUUCCAGUAAAGAAUGGGUAGAAAGCUAUGGAUGUCCUCCCUCACAAUGCCUUGGGAUUAACAUGUGGAACUUGCAGUCACAAAACAUUGAGAAUAUGACUUGUAUGACAGAUUUAUAGCCCAGCUUAUUUCCUGAGACAUAUUCAUUCUUCUCAGAAGGCUUGUGGCUUCAGCCACUGUGGCUGGGGAUGAUGGGAGCUGUAGUCCAUCAACAAGGUUGGGAAUCUCUGAAGUGUAUGGCCAUAGACCUUUAGGGACAGAAGGAGGGAUGUUCAUGCGAUGGAUGUACAUAAUCAUGGUCUCGUGGCUAUCCCUGUAGCAUCUAGAACUGAUAGUAUGCAGGAAUGGAUGGACCAUUGCCAUGAUCCAAUAUGGCAGCCUUGGAUUCCCAGGUUUCUCUAGCCUCACAUUCACACCAUUCCAUCUUGAUUGUCUUCAACUCUGCUAGGCGAAAUUCAUCUGUUUUUGAAUGUGGGAGGAAAAAAGAAAUUCCCCUUUUAUAUUAAUUAGAUCUUCUAGUUUUCAGUACACUCAGUAGAACUCUGACUCCCUGGUAUUGUUUUUGUCAUUAAAUUUUUAACAGAGAUUUCCCAUCUGGGUUCAAUUUUGGGUGGAGCAGCCAUUCAGCACCAGUGUCUACCUCACCAAUACAAGUUGGACCAUGUUGUCCUCACUGGAAUUACUGUUGAGUACUUUGUACCCAGAAAGUGCUGUAGAGAAGCGGAGUAGUGAUCCUCAAAGACAGCAAAACAAGCUAUUUACCGGUGGAACUCUCCUGCACAGGAUAUCCAUGGUAACAUUUAUAGUAAAGAAGAUUUUCUAAAUCUCAGAAUGUUCCUCAUAUCUGUGAAUCCUUCUUCGUCCCGUCCCCCCCCCGCCGGUGACUUUUAAAAAAUGAAUAAUCUCCCAUCCCAGUACCACUUUAAUUUCAAGAUCCUUCCAGUGCCAGCAUCUACCUCACUAGUUCAGCUGGGUGUACUAUGAGCCUUUGAAGGGGAGAGGAGGCGGGAAGACAGCCAGUUUGCCUCUCUUGAGCCUCCAGUCAGUGGAACUCCCUGUUGCAUGAUAUCCAUGGUAAGCCUGAGAGUCUAGUGGGAUGAAGAUCAAGAUCAGCAACUGUAGCAGUAGUUAGUUGCAUGCCAAAUGAGGCCCACCUCCAAGGCAGUGAUUUUCAACAUGUUCUGCUCCUGGCCAUCAAGGGACUGAAGCUCCCCAAAACUCUUCUGGCUUGUACCAUAGCUGCAGAUUUCCCCUCAUUCCACAAUGCACUUGUGUCGAGCCUGUGCAGGCCCUCAGCCAGUCUGCACUGCAGUUGGAGGCUGAAGGUGCAGCUAGUCUGCAUGGCCUCAGGAACAAUGGUGGUGCAGGAUUAUCCCAUGAUGCCACACCAUUCUUGCUUCAGUACUAGUGUACUACCAAGUCUUGCAUUAUGUGGUGCUUCCAAUUUGGCCAGCUUCCUGCAGAACCGGAGAAGGCAUCCCAGAUUCCUCGGUCACAAGGUGGGUUGCCCAGGCUUGAGUGUCAAAAAACUUUGGUUCAUUGAGAGCCUCUCCUACUGAGCUUAUUGAGGAUGAGUGAGAUAUAAUAAUUAUUUUUCUCUCUCCUUCCUCAUCUUCAUGCCCCCCCCCCCCCGGCUUUCUCUCUCUUUCCUUUCCUCCUUCAGUCACAAUGCCUUUCAUUCCAGCUUAUGUGGGUUUCUCCCCUUUAUUUCUAACAUUACAAUCCUAUGCAUGUUUACUCAGAAGUGAGUCUCACAGUGUUCAGAAGUGGCUUACUCCUAGGAAAGUGUGCGCGGGAUUGCAGCCUUAAGCGCUCAUCUUCUGAAACUCAGGGCUAGCAUCUCUUUCCAACCCCUCCAAAACGGCAAACGGCAACUUCUCCCUCCACAGCAUCCAAAUGAGAACUGUGUAGGAAUCUCUCCAUAUAUUUAUGUCGGUGACUUUUUUGUUUUUUGGAGGGGGGGGGCGGUUGUUGUGGUAGCAGAAUUCAUUACCUUUUGCCUGAUCACUUCUGCUUGAUCCAGUCGGCGGUGCUGUCGGUCACUGAAUUUUCUCUGUAAUAUUAGGAAUGUAUAAAACCCGAGACGAAUACAAACUCAAAGCUGGUUUAUUCCGA